CCGAGGCCUCGGAGGGCACCGCCCACCGGGGCCCCGGGUCCUCCGACCAGGCGAAGCUUCGCCGGCUGCCGAGAUCCCCGGCCGGGAUGCACUUCAGCACAGUCACCAGGGACAUGGAAGAGCUGCGCGGCCGCCGCCAAGGCGCCGGUGAAGAAAAACGCGAAGGUGGCCAGCGUGAGCGUGCAGCUGGAGAUGAAGGCGCUGUGGGACGAGUUCAAUCAGCUGGGCACCGAGAUGAUCGUCACCAAGGCCGGCAGGCGAAUGUUCCCCACGUUCCAAGUGAAGCUGUUCGGCAUGGACCCCAUGGCCGACUACAUGCUGCUCAUGGACUUUGUGCCAGUGGACGACAAGCGCUACCGGUACGCCUUCCACAGCUCCUCCUGGCUGGUGGCCGGCAAGGCAGACCCUGCCACUCCGGGCCGCGUGCACUACCACCCAGACUCGCCGGCCAAGGGUGCACAGUGGAUGAAGCAAAUAGUGUCCUUUGACAAGCUCAAGCUGACCAACAACUUGCUGGAUGACAACGGCCACAUCAUCCUCAACUCCAUGCACAGAUACCAGCCCCGCUUCCAUGUUGUCUAUGUGGAUCCACGAAAAGAUAGUGAAAAGUAUGCGGAGGAGAACUUCAAAACCUUUGUGUUCGAGGAGACGCGCUUCACGGCAGUAACUGCCUAUCAGAACCACCGGAUCACGCAGCUGAAGAUUGCCAGCAACCCUUUUGCCAAAGGCUUCCGGGACUGCGACCCUGAGGACUGGCCGCGGAACCACCGGCCUGGCGCGCUGCCGCUCAUGAGCGCCUUUGCACGCUCGCGGAACCCCGUGGCCUCCCCCACGCAGCCCAAUGGCGCCGAGAAAG